AUGAUCGAUCGCAUUUCCGCUGCUCAGCACCUUUCAGCCAUCCGCGGAAGACCAGACCUAGACCUCCGCUCCUGGCAUGAAAAAUGCAGCAACCUCGUACGCUCCGGUCUAGACGAGGCCUCCUACAUCACCGCGGCAGCCUGGAAGGAUACCUAUCGACACGGCCAUCGCCAGCUCCCGAAAGUGCAAAUCUCCACCGACAGAGGCAAGGACAUCUUCAGCGCCAACGACGUGGAGCAUGUUCGUUUCCAGAAGGCGCUCUCGCAAGCAUUUUCGGCCAAGAGCCUGCGGGCACAGGAUUGCAUCUCACACGCAACUGUCCAUAAACGGGUGCAUAACUCGGCGGCUGGUCGCGGAGACUUUAUGGACUCGAUGCUGCGACAUCGUGGGGAUAAGGAAAGGCUGAGUCUGGAGGAGCUGGAGAAAAAUGCGAAUAUCCCCAUUCUGGCUGGGAGUGAGACUACGGCUGCGCGGUUGUCUGGCGUUACGUCCUGGCUUCUUCGGACCUCCGAUGUGCUCGAUAAGGAGACGGACGAGUGA